GAAGUUGUGGAGGAAGGACUAAGUUGAAACCAAUUGCGUGGCGCCUGAGGGCUGCGGCGCGUUCAGUGGCGGCCCCGAGGAGUCCGGUUGCCGCCAUGAUAGAACAGCAGAAGCGUAAGGCCCCGGAGUUGCCGCUGGUCCCAGUCAAGCGGCAGCGACAUGAGUUGCUGUUGGGAGCGACAGGGUCGGGCCCCGGAGCCGGGCAGCAGCAGGCGACGCCGGGAGCUUUGCUGCAAGCGGGACCUCCAAGGUGUUCCUCCCUUCAGGCCCCAAUCAUGCUGCUCUCUGGACAUGAAGGGGAAGUAUACUGCUGCAAGUUCCACCCCAACGGAUCCACCUUAGCAUCUGCAGGAUUUGACCGACUGAUAUUGUUGUGGAAUGUCUAUGGUGACUGUGAUAACUAUGCCACACUGAAGGGACACAGUGGAGCAGUGAUGGAACUGCAUUACAACACAGAUGGCAGUAUGCUCUUCUCAGCAUCCACAGAUAAAACUGUGGCUGUGUGGGAUAGUGAAACAGGUGAGAGGGUUAAAAGGCUAAAGGGACAUACUUCCUUUGUGAAUUCCUGUUAUCCAGCCAGGAGAGGGCCUCAACUUGUCUGCACUGGCAGUGACGAUGGCACAGUUAAGCUUUGGGACAUCCGGAAGAAAGCAGCCAUCCAGACAUUUCAGAACACAUACCAGGUGUUAGCUGUGACCUUCAAUGACACAAGUGAUCAGAUUAUUUCUGGUGGAAUAGACAAUGAUAUCAAGGUCUGGGACCUACGCCAGAACAAGCUAACCUACACCAUGAGAGGCCAUGCAGAUUCAGUGACUGGCCUGAGUUUAAGUUCUGAAGGCUCUUAUCUCUUGUCCAAUGCAAUGGAUAAUACAGUUCGUGUCUGGGAUGUCCGGCCAUUUGCCCCCAAAGAGAGGUGUGUAAAGAUAUUUCAAGGAAAUGUACACAACUUUGAAAAGAAUCUUCUGAGAUGUUCUUGGUCACCUGAUGGAAGCAAAAUAGCAGCUGGCUCAGCCGACAGGUUUGUGUAUGUGUGGGAUACUACAAGCAGGAGAAUAUUGUAUAAGCUGCCUGGCCAUGCUGGCUCCAUCAAUGAAGUUGCUUUCCACCCUGACGAGCCCAUCAUUAUCUCAGCAUCGAGUGACAAGAGACUGUAUAUGGGAGAGAUUCAGUGAAGAUAUGGAAUAGAAGAUUCCAAGGCUGCUUGUCUUUGAGACCUCAGACUGCAUAAGUGACGUAAAAUGUUGGCUGCCCAGGCUAGCAGCCUCCCUUCAGAUGACCAUUACUAGCAAGAAACAGAGGAGGUGGUGGCCAUAUUCCAAAAACCACUUCUGUCCCAUUUCACCAGGAUGACUAAGGCAAGCUCCCUGUGGCUUCUAAAAACCACCUGCCAGAUUUCAGGGACUGUUUUGUUUUCUUGUUUUCUGUUUUCUAAUGCAGGCCCAAUGUGACAAAUUUGUUGGUUGGGUUUUUUUUUUUUUUUUUUUUUAAAGUAACUGGCUUGUAUGAUAUUUUCUCUCUGUAUUUCUCUGAGUCAUUUUGUAUUAAAAGCCAAAUAGAUGCCUUUUUACAAGA